AUGGUGUACUACUUUACAUCGAAUGUGGUUAAACCAUCUGCGUUUAUCUAUGUUGGAAAGGACAAAUUCGAAAAUGAGGAUCUAAUUAAUUUUGGAUUGGAGAGCGAUGUUUGGGUUGGUUUUCUUCCUGCCUUCCACGUCGACAACCUCUCGAGUGCCCACGUCUACGUCCGUCUUCGUGAGGGAGACAGCUGGGAAAACAUUCCAGAAGAGCUUCUAGAGGACUGCGCACAACUCACCAAGGCCAAUUCUAUUGAGGGAAACAAGAAGGAUAAUAUCACUGUCAUCUACACACCAUGGUCGAACCUCAAGAAAGACGGCUCAAUGGCUACAGGUCAGGUCUCUUUCUACAAUCCCAAGCUCGUCCGCAAGGUCCUAGUUCGAGCUCGCGAGAACCCUAUUGUCAACCGACUCAACAAGACCCGUGUCGAGAAGUACCCUGACCUCCGGGCUGAAAAAGAGGAGUUUGAGAAGAAAAAGCGGAACAAUGAGCGGAAGGCUCGUGACCAGCAAAAGGAGAAGGAAAAGCUGGAGAAGCGGCAUCACGAGCAGCUUAAGUGGCAGAAGGAUCAUGCCUACGACGAUAUGUUCAGCGCGGAGAACAUGGAAGCCAGUAAUAACCAGGACCGUGACUCGAACUUCUACGACGAUGACUUUAUGUGA